AUGGCCGACGUCGCAAAGAACCCACAGGAGCCGGUGCCGCUCGAUACAAUUCCCAUCUCGCCAGACGGUGCGAUGACUGACUCCACAAAUGGCGCGACCACUGGUGGAGGCAGUGCCAACGGCCAGAUUGUGACUGUCUUUGAUGAUCCGGCCAACUUCAACGUCAAACACCAGCUGCAGCACACGUGGACCCUCUGGUUCACGAAGCCGCCGAGCGGCAAGCAGGAUUGGAACGAGCUGCUCAAGGAGGUCAUCAGCUUCAACAGUGUCGAGGAGUUUUGGGGCAUCUACAACAACAUCACUCCUGCUUCGGAGCUCGCCCAAAAAUCAGACUACCAUCUCUUCAAGCACGGCGUCAGACCUGAGUGGGAAGAUCAGCAGAACAAGCACGGUGGAAGAUGGGCCUACACCUUCAAGGGUAGCAAGGCCAACGACGAGACUUGGUUGAACAUCAUGCUCGCUGCCAUUGGCGAGAUGCUGGAGGAGGAGAACGACAACGAGGUCAUGGGUGUGGUUGUCAACAUUCGCAAGGCCUUCUGGCGUGUCGGUCUUUGGACCCGAUCGGCCGGCCAACCACCCAAGGGCCGCAAGGACGAGUCUGGAGAUCCUGCCGAGAGUCGCAAGCGCCUCGAACGCAUCGGCAAGMGCUUCAAGGAGGUUCUGCAAUUGCCCGCCACCGAGCAGCUGGAGUUCAGCGGUCACGCCGACUCUGCGCAUGCCGGCAGCAGCCGCGCCAAGGCGAAGUUCUCCGUCUAG